AUGGUGACCACAAGAAACAAAAACUAUACCUACGACAACGUCCCCCAGGAACGGGGCGGACUGGCGGCAGCAACAGAGUCACUCGAUGAUCGGCGAGCAAGGCAGGCGCAUCUUCUCCUUUCGAAACACUACGAGCCCGUCAUCUCUGAGGUACUCAACGAAGAGAUACCCAAGUACAAGAAUGGCACUACCAUCAGUGCAACAGACCGUGUGAAGUAUAUACGAGAAUGCGCACGAAUACUCGCUUCAGAACCGCCUAUCCUACUAGCGGCAGUCGACGGCGAUUUGGUGCGCCGCAUGCGAACUGAUCCUGAUCUGAAGCGAGAAUACGAGCUCACCUGCAAGAAUGCAGCAAAGCAGCCGUCCAUAUACAUACACCAAUUCGCAGACCUGAAUGGUAUUCCGCCUACUCCUAAUCAAAUGCUUGUCAUCUGCAAUUGGAUAGCCGACUACAUAGCCGAUGAUCUGGCAGAAGGCAAAGCUUCCGAGCACUUCUGGCAGAUAGACAACAUCUCCCCGGGAAGACCGCUGAUUAACCAGCAGAACUCUGCCAAGGGUUACCGUAAGUAUCUCUACACGACACAUUCCAGUCGAUCAAAGAAGCGUGUCGGUACCCUCGAACUUUUCUGUAAAGGUACCCAGAAACGUUGGCAGGAGACGCCAGCAUCACUACGCGAUACACCCUUCCGAUAUCCUCUUGGGGAGUGUGGAUAUUCUGAAAACUCAGAAAAUCGUCUGAAAGAGCACCGCCAACGGAAGUCAUCCAACUAUAUAAUGAACCUAGUCGAGGACAUAUCCACCCACCUCCACAACAUCGGCUUGUUUGAACAACACUUCAAAAUGCACCAGUAUAUUGUCUAUCUCAUCGACCGGCGGGAACAAGUAGAGAUCGCGGAGAUCUUUUGCUCCGCAUUACUUCGAGUGUGGGUGAGUAGCGGCGGUGGUUUCAACUCGUACCCUGCUGGGCUUAGCGUCAACUCUUCGAAGAAGGUCAGCAAUAUUGACUGGGCUUCGUACGAGAUGAACACCACCUUGCACUCCCCCAUCACCGAAAACAUGAGGAUGCAGCAGCUCAGAGCAGAUGAGUACCGACAAGCACUGGAGUGGACGAAUGACAACACUGUAGAUUCGGAGACGAGAGAGCCAGCAAGCCAGGAAGAAGAGUGCAUGUAA